AUGACAUCUUCUGAGGGAGACGUCCUCCAGAAGCUGGGAAAAGCUGAUGAGACGAAAGACGAACAGUUUGAAGAAUAUGUCCAGAACUUCAAGAGGCAGGAGGCAGAGGGCACCAGGCUCCAGCGAGAACUCAGAGGAUACUUAGCAGCAAUCAAAGGCAUGCAAGAGGCCUCCAUGAAACUCACCGAGUCUCUGCAUGAGGUGUACGAGCCUGAUUGGUAUGGUCGGGAAGAUGUGAAGAUGGUUGGAGAGAAAUGUGAUGUUCUGUGGGAAGACUUCCAUCAAAAGCUAGUGGAUGGAUCCUUGCUGACUCUGGACACCUACCUGGGCCAGUUUCCUGACAUAAAGAAUCGCAUCGCCAAGCGCAGCCGGAAGCUGGUGGACUACGACAGUGCCCGCCACCACCUGGAGGCCCUGCAGAGCUCCAAGAGGAAGGAUGAGAGCCGGAUCUCUAAGGCAGAAGAGGAAUUUCAGAAAGCGCAGAAAGUGUUUGAAGAGUUUAAUGUUGACUUACAAGAAGAGUUGCCAUCACUGUGGUCAAGACGAGUUGGAUUUUAUGUCAAUACUUUCAAAAAUGUAUCCAGCCUGGAAGCCAAAUUCCAUAAGGAAAUUGCUGUGCUUUGCCACAAACUGUUUGAAGUGAUGACAAAACUGGGUGACCAGCACGCAGACAAGGCCUUCACCAUUCAAGGAGCUCCCAGUGACUCGGGCCCUCUCCGUAUCGCAAAGACGCCAACACCACCAGAAGAGCCUUCGCCCCCGCCGAGCCCCACCGCUGGCCCCAAUCACACUCUGGCGCCUGCAUCCCCUGUGCCUGUGCGGCCAAGGUCACCUUCACAGACAAGGAAAGGGCCUCCAGUUCCACCUCUGCCUAAGGUCACCCCAACCAAGGAACUGCAACAGGAGAACAUCAUCAAUUUCUUUGAAGACAACUUCGUUCCAGAGAUCAAUGUGACAACACCUUCCCAGAAUGAAGUCACAGAGGUAAAGAAGGAGGAGACUCUGCUGGAUCUAGACUUUGAUCCCUUCAAGCCUGAGGUGACACCCACUGGUUCUGCUGGAGUGACCCACUCACCCAUGUCUCAGACAUUGCCCUGGGACUUGUGGACGACAAGCACUGAUUUGGCACAACCGGCUCCUGGUGGUUCAUUUAAUGGAUUCACCCAGCCCCAGGACACUUCACUGUUUUACAGUUCAGGCAAACCAAAGAGUGUAGCUUGCUUAAGUUGUGGCUGCUAUAUCUUUGGGAAUUUCUUAAGUUACUACCGAGUAUUGGAACGUAAGUUGGUUCCUCUGGUCUACAGUUUGAAUAUGUGGAAUGCUGAAACUGAACAGGCUGCACCCACUGAGCUGAAAGCAGAGGAGCCUCCCGUCACUGUGGCACCUGCUGUCGGGCUGGACCUUGGACUGGAAACUGAGGAGCCACCAUCAGUGGAGGAGUCAGUGAUCCAGCCUGGAGCAGAUGCUGCAGAGACUGUGGGACCCACAGUGCCCACCGAGGGGGCUCUGGUGGAGGACACGGAGGCAGAGAGGGCAGCCCUUCCCACCGGGGAAGGAGGAAGUUUAGAGGAAACUAAAACCGAGGCAGAAACCACCGAGUUUUUAGACAGUGAUAGACCUCCAUCUGCAGAGACGGAAGCAGCAGACACUCAGGAGAAGGUCAUUCCUUCAGUAGUCAUUGAGCCUGCCUCCAACCAUGAAGGAGAAGGAGAGCACGAAGCAGCCAUGGGUACAGAACCCAAGGAGGCCACGGCAGAGGUGGCUCCCAAGGCUCCCACGGGGGAGUCUCCAGAGCUGGCCAGGGAGCAGGAGCCCCCAGAGGACACCCAGGCUGCCCCUCCUGAUCAGCUCCCCUCCGGAGGGGAGGCCUCCCUGGAUCGGCCACCUGGCUUUCUCUACAAGGUGGAAACCCUGCAUGAUUUCGAGGCAGCAAACUCUGAUGAGCUUAACCUGCAAAGGGGUGACGUGGUGCUGGUGGUCCCCUCAGACUCAGAAGCUGACCAGGAUGCAGGCUGGCUCGUGGGGGUGAAGGAGUCGGAUUGGCUUCAGUACAGAGACCUGGCCACUUACAAAGGUCUCUUUCCCGAAAACUUCACCCGGCGCCUGGAGUAG